AUGGGCGACCCGUUUAGCAUCGCCGCGAGUAUCCUGACCGUGUUGCAAGUCGCGGACUCGCUUGUCACAUUCAUCCGGGACCUCAAGAACGCCUCAGAAGAGCACAAGAAUGUGCAGGCCGAGGUGCAAAGUCUACAGAGCGUGCUCCGUCAGGUGUACGAAUCUUCAGCAACAACAAACGCAACUACGGGGAAGGACGAAUUUGAGGGUGAGCGUUUUGCUGGACUUGAAGGACCGCUGGAGACAUGCCGACUGCAUCUGGAAUAUUUGACGGUAAAGCUGGCUCCCAUGCAUGGCUUCGAUAAGGCUCGCAAGUCUGUCAUGUGGAAGAUGCGACGCACCGAGAUCAGAAGUAUCUUGACGGACAUUGAACGCCAGAAAGCAUCAUUGAUGCUGGCGCUACAAAUUGAAACCAAGUCUGUUUUCCGAGCCAGCCCUCCUUCAAAGAACCCUUGCACGGCUCGCAGCAUACUGAUUGUGCCUAGAACAAUCUGCAACGCUACUCAGCGGUUAUGCAUUGACAACCACCAGCAAAUGACCGAAAUGAGCAUUCGCGUAUCAGAACUCAAGGCUCGUAUUGUAUCCGAAAACGACAUGAUAAGCACGGCGACUGUGACGACCGAGUGUCAACGAUUGUGCAAGGGCGUGCAGUGUGAUGAGACUGUCAACCAAAGCAAGACCGAUCAGAUUUUAGGCCCGCCUGAAUGUUUCAACUGCCGCAUGAUCAACAGCCUGGCAGAGCCUCAUGUCCUGCGCGGGGAGACCACUAGAGUGAACUCGAGAAAGGAGCGUAAAGGUAAACUUGCCGUCACUUCUCGUCUAUAUGUCCAAAUCUGA